AUGAAUGAUCAAUUUCUCAUUGCUGACUACGGUCUAAAUGACGAAAUGGGUAAACUUCUGAUUGCUGGCUAUGAUUUAUAUGAUGAGAGAGGUAAACUUCUGAUUGCUGGCUAUGAUUUAAAUGACGAGAUGGGUAAACUUCUGAUUGCUGGCUAUGAUUUAAAUGACGAGAUGGGUAAACUUCUGAUUGCUGGCUAUGAUUUAUAUGAUGAGAGAGGUAAACUUCUGAUUGCUGGCUAUGAUUUAUAUGAUGAGAGAGGUAAAAUUCUGAUUUCUCUGAUCUUUCAGUUUACUUCUGGCGAUUUGACUCAAAACAGUAAUUUAUAUACCCAUCCAAAUCCUUGCCUAUUAUUUCAUCGCGUUGUAAAAACUAUGAAAAUUUUUGAAAUUUACAAAUUUUAA